AUAAUUCAAAAGUAAACAAGAUGUCUGAGAGCAAGCAAUUGGAAGCCGGUCAGCAGCUCGUUAAGAAGACAAUGGACGAGUUGAUACAACAGAAACAAACUACAGAAAAAGUCACCAUUCAGGCGAGACAAGAGUUCCGCGAACACUUUGAACAGAGUUACGAAGAGGAGUUCGAGGAGGAAACUUUCAUCGAUCAGUUCGGAAAUGAGACCACCAAGAGAGUGGAGUCGAGCAGUGAGAGUUCAGAACACUCGAAGAGCGCCAAUGUGCAGGUGAAGGCGACAGGUCUGAACGCGGAGCAAGUGAAGGCCCUCACAGACUGCGCCAACGAGGCGGGUCAACUCGCGCUCGACUCCAAGCCCGCCAAUUGAGACAUGUGUCGUUUAAAGUGCGUGUGGUGGUCUCAAAGAGUGAUAAAGACUGUGUCCAGUGUUCCUUUCUAAAUGUUAUCAUAAAUUUAAGUUUACUUUUAUAAAUGCAAUAAAUGUUUUAAUCAAAAAUGGUGUAUUGAAUUUGUGCAGUAAAGUCCAAGUUGUAAUAGGUGACUCAGAAAAGAAACUAAAAUGGAGGAGGAAGACGACGAGCGGAAAGUCCGUAGGCAAAAGCUGGCGGCUUUCAGCUCCCUUAACGCACGUAUCGUGCAUUCCUCAUUAGAGGAGGGAUUCCUACGCCAGCAAGCGUCCUCUGAAUCCGCCGAUGCUAAUACAUCCAGCAUUUCAACAGCUCAGUUCAGUGAUAGAAGUUUCGUAUCUAAGACGAGUACAUUCUCCCGAAGCGGUACCUCUAGUUCGAGUCAAGAGGAAUGUGAGGUGGCACAGACGACCAUAACGAGUGGCCAGUACCUGGCAGCCGCGAGAGUGGAGACGGCUCGUUCGAUGGAGAGCCUUCGUCCGAGCAAAGACACAUCUCCGGCGCGACCGGCGAGCUCCUGUACCACGGUACGGAUUCAUCGUAGCUCCUUCUUAACGGCAAGCGAGCGAGAUGUGCGGGAGUCCCGUGGGCUGCCGGCACGGCGUGCGCUGUCAGGCGAGGACAUGGGAAAUUCGGCGGAAAAGCGACGUGGGCUGUUCGCGAGCACUGAGCGGCGGGCUCUACAACAGCUGAGCUUGCCUCCGCCUGAACGCCGCCUAACGAUCCUUAGCCCACAUAGCCCCUUAGCAACGACUGAACUGCAAUGGCCUACACCACCUGGUAUACGAGGUAGACGGAAGAAGGGCAUGGUUCUGCCCAAACUUAUAUUACCACGCAGCGACUCUGACGGAUCAGAAGUAUUUUUUGAAAGCUUCGACGUCGAGAAUGGUGGGGCGGCAGGCGGCGCGGGGGGCGCGCGCUCCCCGCUGGAGGGGGGCUCCCCCUCCGCCGCACUGGUGCUGCAGGCAAUGCCGCAGCGCCGCGAGUCCUUUCUCUACCGAUCUGACUCCGACUUCGAGAUGUCGCCGAAGUCGAUGUCCAGGAAUAGUUCCAUCGCCAGCGAAAGAUUCAAGGAGGCCGAGGCUGCACAACUGGACAGAGCCCACGGCGAAGACUUGAUCGUGACUCCGUUCGCGCAGGUAUUGGCUAGUCUGCGCAGCGUUCGCAACAACUUCUUGUCCCUCACAAAUGUACCCGUCGCAAAAUCGCGGAGGUCCUCGGGGGUGGCUACGGCUGUUACUCCGCAGCCCAAAAACUUUAAUCCAGGAGACGAAGCCUACAUGAAGCUAGCAUUGGAGACCGUUGAGGAGUUGGACUGGUGUUUGGAUCAGCUGGAGACUAUUCAAACACAUCGGUCCGUGUCCGAUAUGGCGUCUCUUAAGUUCAAACGCAUGCUCAACAAGGAACUGAGCCAUUUCUCCGAAUCCAGUAAAUCCGGCAACCAGAUCUCCGAAUACAUCUGCUCCACUUUCUUGGAUAAACAACAAGAGUUGGACUUGCCGUCCUUGCAAGUUGAAGAAAACACUGAACGCACCAAAAAGAAAGAAAAACCGCGUCAUGGCGGGCCAGGAGGUACCAUGUCACAAAUAUCCGGUGUGAAGAGGACACUGACACAUACAAACAGCUUCACCGGCGAGCGUGUGCCGAGAUACGGCGUGGAAACACCUCACGAGGAGGAGCUCGGUCGUUUGCUCGGAGAACUGGAUCGCUGGGGUGUCGACAUCUUCCGCAUCGGCGACCUGACAUGCGGCCGUCCGCUGACGGCCGUCGCCUACGCCGCGUUCACAUCGCGCGAACUCCUCAACACGCUGCAGAUUCCCGCACGCACUUUCAUAGCGUUCGUAAUCACCCUCGAAGAGCACUAUGUGCGUGACAAUCCCUUCCACAACUCUCUGCACGCCGCUGACGUGACGCAAUCGACGAAUGUGCUGCUCAAUACGCCGGCACUCGACGCCGUGUUUACGCCAAUCGAAGUGUGUGCUGCGUUGUUCGCCGCCUGCGUGCAUGACGUUGACCAUCCCGGUCUCACCAACCAGUUCCUGGUCAACUCCAGUUCAGAGCUCGCUCUCAUGUAUAACGACGAGUCUGUACUAGAGAACCAUCAUCUCGCUGUCGCUUUUAAACUGCUCCAGAACGACGGUUGCGACAUUUUCGUCAACCUCCACAAGAAGCAGAGGCAGACGCUGCGCAAGAUGGUAAUAGACAUGGUGCUCUCCACGGACAUGUCGAAGCACAUGAGCCUUCUUGCCGAUCUCAAGACCAUGGUUGAGACCAAAAAAGUGGCCGGUAGCGGCGUCCUGUUGCUCGACAACUACACGGAUAGGAUACAAGUGCUGGAGAAUCUCGUGCAUUGUGCCGAUCUGAGUAAUCCUACCAAACCGUUACCGCUGUACAAGCGCUGGGUCGCUCUGCUCAUGGAGGAGUUCUUCCAACAGGGCGACCGCGAGCGGGAGCAGGGGAUGGAUAUAAGCCCGAUGUGCGACAGGCACAAUGCUACUAUUGAGAAAUCUCAAGUCGGUUUCAUCGACUAUAUCGUGCAUCCAUUGUGGGAGACUUGGGCGGACCUCGUUCAUCCUGACGCCCAAGAUAUACUGGACACGCUGGAGGAGAACCGCGACUACUACCAGAGCAUGAUACCACCGUCGCCACCGCCGGCACCUGUCUCCGCCUCUCAUUCGGGAGCCGACGACGAUCGUCCGGAACAAAUACGCUUCCAGGUAACAUUAGAGGAGGGUGAGGGUUCCGAAGAGUGCGAGGGGGAGGGAGAUGGUGGGAUGUGACGGAAACUACUGGGAAUCUGCAAGAAACUCUCUGAGAAGAUGCAGGUGUGGUGGAAGCUCUGGCAGUAGACGCCCUAGGCGGCGCCCUUGUCGGAAUAGUAAUACACUUGUUAACGCUUAACGUCAGAGCCGUGUGCAGCAGCAUGCGCCCGCUCCGACACUAUUUGUAUGAAUACUACGCAAUGUUGUCUAGAGUUACCUAACGACUCAAUGUGUCCCUCCAAUGACUGUGUAACAUUCGAUCGUCUAGUGUUUUUACUAUCCUUUCAUUUUGUCGUGUUACCAAAGAGCUGUGUGGUGGUUUAGCCGAGUCGUCUGUCUCUCUCCCGUGUCCCUCGUGUCAGUAGUCGGUAUUCGCGUAACGUUACGGUGUAAGUAGCAUUAGAGGUCGGCGCCGCAUGUCCGGCGCUGGCUAAGUAAGGACAUUGAAAACGCUUAUUAAUUGGUAUGAAAGGGUAAUUUAUAUUGUCAUAUCAUCCACUUUCUCAUAUUUAAUACGGGUUUGCGAUAAUGAUGUUAUUCACCAAAAUAUAUUAACGUUAUAGGUAUCCUAAAAUAAAAUACUAUUUUAAGGUAAAUUUUAAAAACGCCUUUUCGGAGUUGUUGUUGUAUCGUUUUUUCUGAAUAUUUAAUAUUCGACAUGUCUCUCGCCGAAUGACACUACCGAGAACAUCCUGUUAGAUAGCUUUACUUGAUUUGAAUUACCUUGUAGCACCUCAUUUCUAACGAAGGAUCGCUGGCGAUCCCUUUAUUUUCUCUUUAGAGUAAUGUAUUAUUUUUGUAAAUUACGUACAUAUUUUAAUUCUAAUUUCAUUCACCUAAAUAGUCAUUUUAAAAUAGGUAUAUUUAAAUAUCUUCGCGUAUGCAACUAACGGCUUGAAUCUUUGAACCGAACUAAUAGUACUAACAGAGGCGUGGUUUGCGACAGUACUAAUUAAGAGGCAUACGAUAGUGACGUGGGCCGGGUCUUGCAAUAGUACUUCUAAGUAGAUAGUUUCCGAAACUGCGCACAACGAUGUUCUCUCUCGUAUCAAUGUAAAUGCUCAUUUCACACAACUCGAAGUUUGUAUGUAUCUAUAUGUAUACAUUUAAAUGUGCCUAGCUUGUUGUCUUCGCGACGCCUCAGAUCUGAAUCCGCGGCUCGCAUCCUUUUCUUGUAGCCAUUACCAAAGUAGUGAUUAGGUUUAGAUGCCUCAACCCAAUAAUCCACGUUGACUAAACUUACUCCCGUAUUCGUUUACAUCGGGGUGUAAUACUUAAUUAACUGUAUUAUGUGCAUUUCAUAGGAGCCGUCAUCUUAGUUUACGAUUUUAUUAUUUGUGAGCUGGUCUCUGUAUUUUAUGUACUCAAAAGAUAUUUGUUUACUAUAAAUAAUCGUUUAAAUAAAUUUCUCGCCGUCAAAUUUGUUUGUUGCAACGGAAAAGGUACAUUUAUUAACAACGGACAGUAUUACCCUGUUAAUCGCACUAAUCAUUCAUCGGUGUUAAGAAUGAAGGUCCAAUGUACAAUAUUUUCGUAGGUAAAUUAAGAUUCAACUGGCGACCAAAUUCUGUCGCCUUUAGCAUUCUUAAAAAUUGUAAUUUCUUAUUUUAAAAUUUCACAUAGUAGAAUUCGAUGUGUCAAAAGCGACGAAAUUAAUUUGGAACGCUUAUCUACAGUAUAUAUGUAUGUUUAAACAAAUCAUUACGCUUAUAAACGAUUGUUUAAAAUUAUGGUAACAAUUGUGUAUGUAUGUUAAUGUUGGAUAAAGAUAUUUGUACUAUAUUAUGAUCUGUGUAAAAAACUUUCUUACGUACUCAAUAAGUACAAUACCAUAUUCAUUCGUAAUUUAAGAAUACACUGCAUGUUGGACAAAAUCUUAGAAUUACCGAUGUUGUGGAAUACAUCCAAAUUCGUCAAGUUCAGACUUGUAAAUGUUUAGUCGUUACAAUGUUUACUUUAUCUGUGGCAGAAGUUUGUAGCAGCUGCACUGCCGAUUAUUUUGAUAAAAUUCUGAUUCGAUGUACUUUUUGCAUCCUUUACGAAUUUGGAACAUUUUACUUUUAAAUAUUAGAACAAAAUAGCAUAUGUUAUUACCUAUAACCUACUCGAAAAUAUUAAAUUGUAACUAGAUUUAAAUACGCUUGCUGUAAAAACUUCGUUGCAGUUAAUAGAACUAUUACAUGUAUUAAAUGUUUAUUAUUGUAAUCAAAUAACAUAAAGUGGUCGUGAUAUGUUAUAUCCCCUAUCGUUUUAUCGUAUUGUGUUUGUUUUGUUUUCUGUUCAUCUAACUCGAUUUUUACCAAAGAGCAAAGUUCAAAGGUUUUAUGUGAUAUUUUAUUGAGUUGGCUAUAUGUACAUCUGGCAUGUCAUAAUUUUACUUGAAUCCUGUAGUCUCUCCCUGAAGCUUGGAGCGCUAAUAUUUUAUUGAUGUGGAGAACUAUCGCUAAUAUGAAUAAUACUUAGAUAAAUUAUUAUAAAUACCGAGUUAAAAGUGUGCAAUGCUGGUCAUUUGCAUUACUUUUUAUGUUUAAAUAAAAUAGCUUGUAAUAGUUUUAAUGAAUAUUUGAG